AUGGCGCAUCACAUACAAGGCCACCUCUCGGUGCGCUUCCAGCCCGAGAGCUACCAAGUCACCCGCAGGUACUUUACCCUCAAACAACACGCUCUCUCCAUCACCGCCGUGCGCCUCGGUUUGACGUCGUUCGAGAUGAAAGUCAUGACAGCGCUGUGCAAUGUUGUGCCCCUGCGCUGCGUCGACUUCGCCUUGCGCGACUGCUUUCUUCUCUUCGACCACAUUGACGUUCCGCUCUUGCUGCUCCCGGACGACACAGUCGGUGACGCCGUCGACGUCAUCUUGCACGCCUAUCAUAGCCGCCCCGACGCUCCGCCGCGGACCGAGUCCAACGCGAGCAGUUAUGUGCUGCGUAUGACGGACAAUGACGUGAGCUUGGCCGACCGACGGCGCAUGCUAUGUACAUACGAGCACGUCCACUACUGCUUGGCAACGUCGCAGCCCCUCCGCGUCACCGUAACGCUUGCUACCGACGACGUGCUAGCGCGUGACGAGACCUUUCUCAAUCCGUAUACCCGUUCCGUGUGCGAGCAGUAG